GAAGAAAUCAACUCGUUUACACUAUCUCGUUAAAACAUUGGAUAUUGGAGCGUACCUUACCGCUGAACAAUCAGGCUGGAGAUGGAAAGAGAGCGUGAUACAACCUGGCUAUUUACGUGAAGGUCAUGCGUCUGCCUGUAAAUCCAUAAAACCGCUUGUUUCGUACUAUCAUAUGUUCACUUCAUGUCGCCGUUGUUUCUGUCUCAAUUUGUUGAUCUUAAGCGAAUUGAGAAAAAAUGAAAAGCAUCUAAAACUGGCUGAGUAAUCCAUUUCUUUGGCAUCUGCUUCCUGUCCGUACCACUAUAGUUUCGUCAUUCUAAACCGGGUUUCAGGCAUACCAGUCAACAGUCGUCUUCAAGGUUCUUUCAGUAGUCUACUGUUAAAAAUAGAAUCUUUUACCAUGGCAUUUGAGUCGUAUGCUUCACACGAUAGUCCAAUAAAUCUUACAGAUUACCCUGCACACUUAAAAGAAGCUGAUUACCGUGUGUAUCGAUCAAGAUGGAUUGUUGUUUUCACGUUCUCAGCACUAAGUUGUACAAAUGCAUACUUGUGGGUGUCGUUUUCUCCGAUCGCUAACUAUUUUGUGGAAUUUUAUUCAACUAGUAACAUGGUUCUCAAUCUUAUCUCUCUCAUAUUCCCAUUAACUACUAUAACACUCGGUUUGCCGAUUGCACGUAAGAUCGAUUAUUUGGGGAUUCGUCUGAUUAUUUUGAGUACAGCUUUCUGCAAUUUAAUGUGCGGUUGUUUACGAGCCAUAAGUAGUCUACCGUAUUUCAAUAUUUCAUCCUUCACGCGUAUCGCACUGCUUAUAGUAGGACAGAUAAUAGGUUCUUUUGCUCAGCCAUUCUGCAUGUUUUGCACUACCAGCCUUGCUUGUGAUUGGUUCCCAGAUGGUCAGCGUACCACUGCAAACACUAUCGCAUCCCUCGGGAACGCACUUGGCGUAAUGUUUGGUGGUGUAUUCGCUCCUAAUUAUGUUAAAAAGUCUUCUGAUAUUGUUACCUUCAACUAUGUGUCUCUAGGGAUAGUUGUUUUCUUGUUCAUCAUAUCCGUUAUAUUAGUUCGCAGAAGAAAACCGCCUACACCACCUUCUUAUGUGGCUGCUUUAGCAAUAAACAACCUCAGAACAAAUCCAAAUCCAAGCAUUCUUUCAUUUAACUUCUUAAUAGCUUUUGUCCCACCAUUAAAGUUAUAUGGGUUUUGGAUGAUAAUGCUGACUUUCGGGUGCUCUAUCGGAUACUUUACAGUUCUGUCAACUCUUUUACAACAAAUGCUUUGCACGAAAGGCUACACCAACCAAUUUGCUGGAUUUUGUGGAUCAAUUAUGAUAUUAGCUGGCUUGAUAGCGUCCGGCCCUGUUGCUGUAUUUGUGGACAAAACAGGACUCCUCCUAGAAACACUAAAGAUCACAUUUUCGUUAAGUGUAUUGGGCUGUGUUUGUCUAAGCAUUGCAUUAUGGUUCCCCUAUCAACAAAUCGCCAUCAGCUUUUGUUUAAUUUGGCUUGGAGCAUUUGGAUUCGCACAGUAUUCUCUUUGCUUGGAAUUAGCUGCUGAGGCUACCUACCCCAUUUCAGAAUCGGUGACAACGAGUCUGAUUAUCAUCUCAUCUCAAAUAAUCUCUCUGAUCAUGUUACCUGUUUUACAGUUCACUGCUCCCCUAGCAGGAAAUUCAGCGAAUAUUGUCUCUACUUGUAGUCCUGGAGAAACAAUUCAGGUCAGGUGA